AUGUGCACGGCAGGCAAUGGGUUGUUGAUGUCGAAUAAGAAUGCAUAUGAUACCUUCUUGAUGUGGACAUGGUUGCAAAAUGAGCCUGUGUGCGAGCGGCGUGGCAUGUCACUCACCUACACGGCCAUGUCUAGCAACAUGACGGCCGGGCAGGGGCAGCGUCAAGCUUCAGUCGUUGAGGUCAGAGAUGGGCAGGCAGGUGGUGUAGGUGUAGAGACGGUCAUGGGCGCACGCGAUGCGGAUCGAGGAAGACGGUCGAUUCGAGCGCACCGCGACUCCUCCAGGUUAAACGUUCGCAUAAUGAGAGAGCAGGUGCCAGUGCCAGGAAAGUCAAUGCGUCCCGACAUGCUUUGCGCGCUAGUGCCAUCCCUGCUCGCCAAUGGCAGCGCCGCGCACUUACCAGUGGUUCCCGUGCUCCGGUGCUCCGCUGCACUUUGCCCUGCACUCUGCGAUCCCUGCGGCCGGAAACGUUGA